UUUUUUACAAUGUUAAUUUUAAUGUUUAGUCUAUAGGAAAUUUAGGCAGGACAUGAGAAAAGCGUAUUUCUUCUUGAUUAGUUUAAUAAUAGGAUUUUUUAUUUAAAUGUAAAGUUUACAUUUAUUGGAGCCAUUUCACGAGUAAUUAAAACUUGGAACUACUUAUUGUUCCACGUCGUAAAGGGAUUAAUAUCUUUUUCUCAAUGUCAGCUUUUGCAGCACGAAAAUCCUUCAGUCAAGAUGCACUCGUCCAUACCCAUCGUCUUUUUCUUCUGCCUCUUCUACGUCUGCCAAUGUCAAAGCGAAUACUGGGAGAAAAGGUAUGACGAUCUACAAAAACAGAUAGCUUCCUCUCUUACACGCAGUAUAUUGGCAACUUACAGAUCGAGAAAAAACAAGGCUGCAAAUAAAAGAGUGGUAGAUCAGUCAUCUGAUGAAGAGUCCGAAGAGGUUGAAUCUGUGGUAAAUGCUAAAAGGAAUAAGCAGAAAUGGGCUAUUGGGUUCCGAACGAUGAAACAAACGGAAGAUGUCUACCAGGAUAUGGUGAACAACAAGAUCCCGAUAUGUUCGGAUGAUAACUUACAAGAAUAUAAGAAUAUGGUCCCGGAAUCAGCCUCCAGUCGUAGAAGAAAAUUGCUGAAAACGUUGAAAAGAGGAAAUCAAGAUGAGCAGAAGCCCCUGCGGAAGUUAGUACCAUUGUGUCUCAUUGAAAAGGAUGUGAUGAACUAUAUUCUGGAGCACAGACCAGCUCCAAAUCCACUGGAUGGAGGAAGAAAGAGGCGAAGAAAAUGGUGAUUGUGAAAUAUCCAGGACAUAUUAUACCUCGGCCAGGUAGUGGAGGGAACGUGUGGGAGAAACAAUACCGUCGUAGCUCGGUCUAACGUUACUGCUUGAUUAAAAAAAAAAAAAUUAUUAUUAAGGAAUAUUACAUUAAUCAAAUGUUUAUAUCUGAUCUUUUGUCAUUCCAAAAAAAUAAUUUUGAAACAUUUCCAAAGUAGUCCGUGGUACAGACCCCUUUUUAUCGAAUUAUUAACACUCGCCUGUAACUUCGUAAAUAGUUUCAUC